AUGGUUUACCCAGAAUCGCCCGCACCGACCGAGAGGUCAGGGUCUGUCACCCUCCAACCCGAGUUACACGGGUCUAGCGCGUCAACCGUUUCGAGUGACAAUGAGCUUCAUUCAACAUCAUCCGUGAUUCCAGGCCCGGACAGCCUCGGCCCUGUGUCUUUAUGCACGGAAACUUUGUCGCCGGACUUGAUUCAAAAUGCGGCACACAAAGAACACCAGGCAUCUCCUCUGCCUGCGCUGCAAAUCCGAACAGAUGUCUCGGGUGUCCAGUCAAGCUCCCAUCGGUUGAGCCCCCAUCGCGAGCCCGACUUUUAUGUCCACCAGAGUACAUCUGCCAGCAGCCUUCCACACCGGACGCCGAGUUUACGGGCGUUGAUGGCACCAAGUCACAGUGGGGGCUCCUUGUCACCAGCUUCCCUUUUGUCGUCCCCUCAACUAAUGGCCAUGGGAGAUAUCACACCUUUACCAUCGCCGAUUAGCGGCGCAUCGCCAUGGAGACUGCCCGCGCGUCGCAAUUCGCAGUCGCUGUCCCGGACGUCUUCGGUUGCCUCAAGGACCGGCUCGAGCCUGAGCAUGCGUCCGAGUGCUCCGUCGCAGUCGUCCUUGACCGGGGUUUCAGAGCCUCGAUCGCGCAGCAAAACAUCUGGAAUCACGGAUAAACAGAGCAGUGACAAGGUCGCGGACACUCCCACUGCUCCAAAACACACGCGCAAUCGCAGUCUGAGCGAAUACGUGCCGCCAGGCCGAAACAUUCCAAUCAAACCUCGCCCAGUUGCCGUUUCCGGAACUAUCCCACCUCCUGGAAUCACCUCCUCGUCGAGCACGGAUUCAAAGGCGAACAACCUACAUCGCGAGCAGUAUCUUGCCGUUCAUAGAGGUAUUGCUUUACCCAAGGUUCGCCCGCCUUCUCCCCCGCGCAGCAGCGGAUAUGGUGUAAACGAAAAUGAACCCGUCAUCCUCCAUUCGUCGGAUACCCAGGGAGCUGAGGAGUACUACUCGGUGCGCUCUAUUCGGACCCAGCAACCUCGACUGUAUCGCAAGCUUCGGCAACUUGGCCAUGGAACCUUCAGUCAGGUCUCUUUGGCUGUGCGUGUUGAGCCUGAGGUGGCCGACUCUGGUCUCGGCCAAACAGACGACGUGCUUCCGACCCAGAAGCUAGUGGCAAUUAAGAUCAUCGACCAUGGACCAGCUGGCGGUGCCGAUGAAGAGCGACUGGAGGUCUCCCUCAAACGCGAAGUCGAGAUACUCAAGUCCCUGAACCACCCAUCCCUGGUUCAGUUGAAGGCUUUUGGGAGCGACGAAAAGCGCGCCCUUUUGGUUUUGGAUUACUGUCCAGGUGGUGACUUGUUCGAGGUUGUCUCAAACAACACCAGGCCUCUUACUCCGGGACUUAUCCGCCGGAUAUUCGCCGAACUGGUGGCUGCUGUGCGCCAUUUGCAUGAGUAUUAUGUGGUCCACCGCGAUCUCAAACUCGAGAACGUGCUCGUCAACCUCCCAACAGAAGCUCUGCAGAGAAUUACCGAUUGGCGCACUUAUGACCGUGCCGUUGUAACCGUGAGCGAUUUGGGCCUGUCGCGACGUAUACCUGAGCCGCCUGAGAGCCCUCUUCUCCAGACUCGCUGUGGAAGUGAAGACUACGCAGCACCGGAAAUCCUCAUGGGCCAGCCGUAUGACGGGCGCUCCACCGACGGCUGGGCGCUGGGAGUCUUGCUGUAUGCGAUGAUGGAGAGCCGACUCCCCUUUGAUGCCCUACCCGGAACCCGGGGCGACCCUGCGAAACUCCGGGCUCGUACCCCCCACCGCAUCGCUCGCUGCGAGUGGUCCUGGUACCGGUACGCUGACAGCGAUGGCGACUGGGAUCCCGCAAAGGGCAGCGGUCUUGAAGGUGCGCGAGAGUGUGUCGAGUCACUACUGAAACGAAGCACCAAGCGCAAGAGCCUAGACGAGAUUGCCGCCAUGGACUGGGUGAAGGAUGCGAUUGAUGUGCCUGGUGGGUUGAAGCGAGGCGAUAAAGAAGUUCCUUGA